AUGAAAUCGAAAAAGAAAGAAAAGUUAUUAAUAAAAGAGCUUGAUGCUAUUAGAUCAUUAAAAAAUGAAAGCAUUGAUUUGAGAGAGUUGGAAGAUAAGAUGGUUAAACUAAUCGAAAAAGCAGCUCAAUUUUAUCAGGAUUAAUUGGAUAAUAAUAUGGCCUAAUAUUAUUUUGAAUAUGGGAGCAUUUUAGUUUAAAUAUUGGAGUAAUCCUAAGAUUCUGUUGAAAAUUCAUUGAAUUGUGUCGAGAUAUCCAGAAAUGAUAGGGAAUUGAAAAAUACAUAAUUGGCUUUUGAGAAUCUGGAAGCUGCAAAAACAAUCAUACGAAAUAGGUUGGAUAAGCAAAAUAUAGAGAUGUAUAAAUUAUAAGACUAAUUGCAAUGUAAUAACUUAAAGAUAUUAAUAGAGAUUAGAUAGAAGAUCAAUGAGACGGGAUUAGAAAUGAGUUUGAUUUUGAUUAGAAUAGGAGACCUCUAGACUUGGAGAGAAGAUUAUAAGGAUGGAUUAUUAAAUUUUAAUGCAGCAUUAGACAUAUUGAAAAAGUCUUACAAUUAUAAAGAACUUAGUGCAGUACAUUUUAAGAUAGGGAAUGCGAUACUUUUAUAAAAUGAAAAUGGGUGUGAAAAACUGAGUUUGAAUCACUUAGAACAAUCCUUUCGUUAUUGUUAUUAGCAACUCUACAGUAGAGAAUGUGAUCUAGAUUUGAGCGAAAAGAAUUUAUCAAGGGUUGUUCUUGAUAAUGAUUUAUUAAAAAUGCUGGUAGAGAAAAUGGAGGACACCUAUAUUUAGUUAAAUGAAGUGAAGGCCUGUUAGAAGGAGAUAGAGAAGUGGAAAAGGCUAGAACCAAUUUUAUAACAGGAAAUAUAAUACUUAGGAAAAAUUAAUAGAUAAUCAAACGCAAUAAAUGGAAUUCAAAUAAAAAGAAAAAUUUGA